AUGACUGCGGAACUGAAAGAAUACAUCUCACACUGUGAGAAGUGCAGUAAGUACGAGGCAAGACAGCAGAAAGAGUCCUUGAUAAGCCACGAAGUUGCAGAACGCCCCUGGGAAAAGAUUGGCACAGAUUUGUACAACAUCGAUGGCCAAGACUACUUAGUUGUUGUAGACUAUUUUUCAAAUUUCUGGGAAAUCGAGCACCUCCCCAACACAACAACGAGUACCAUCAUCAAGAAGCUGAAGUGCCAUUUCGCGAGACAAGGCAUCCCAGACAUUGUCAUAAGUGACAAUGGGCCACAGUUUGUUUGCGAAAAAUUCAGCAAUUUCGCCAGUGAAUGGGACUUUGAACACAGACCAGGAAGUCCUGGACACCAGCAGACAAAUGGCAAGGCAGAAGCAGCUGUUAAAGAGGCCUUUACUUUAUGUCGAGCGUGCAGGGAGUCGCUGAGUAACCAGACACAAGCAGAUGAAGAGGAGCUGAUCGAACAGGAUGGCUUUGGUGAUGAAGAAGGGAUUUUGUCAUUGAGUAUGAGAGCCCUGUAG